AUGCGUUCAAAGUGGUUCUCCCAGGAGGAGAUUGGUCCAGGGUCAAAGAUAAAGCUAAAUAACGAAUGGGUCGUCCAGGAGGCUAUCAGCGAGCACACCUUCCAACACGACCACGAUGACUACCUCGCUAGGGUUGGGCCCGCUUGGACAGCCAUACGCCUUCUUGUUGAGAAGAAAGGUUCGCGCACCAAGGCGUAUAUGCGCAUCUAUAAGCAGAUAAUGAACAGGGGCACGGAAGCCGAGUCGGCCAGGAUGCGAGCUCGGCAAGCUAAUACGUCGUGGUGUCCCGUUGAGCUAAAGGUGUACAGGUCACUUCCGAAGAAGAGGCCUCUCAUUGUACCGCGUCUCUUAGAAGAAAGAGUGACCAAGCAAGACGAAAGUGGUUCCGUGCCAGGAGGCUUCCUGAUGUACAUUGUGUAUGAGAUUGUGCCCGGGGUGCAGCUCGGGGACUACCGGGGAGCUAACGUCUUCUGGGCCUUGGAUCGACCUGAGAGGGAUCUUAUCCGGGAGAGAUUCAAAGAGGGGCGCAUGAAGCUCUAUCCGUGGGGCUUCGACCCGUAUCCUGGGAAGGCUCGAAAUCUUGUCUGGCACGCGCCCACGUCCACCUUGUAA